AUGCCUCCAGACGAACUUACGUAUUGGCAGAGCGAAGCGACAGUCGAGUGGCGAUCGGCGAUUUGGCACCGCACCUGGCAGACGAUUGGCGCGGGGCUGGCAGGGGCCCCGGUGGCGAUGCCAAACGUCCUCGCUGAUUUGGCACCGCGCGCUCGGCACCUCGCUGGCGGAAUUUAUGCGGACGUCUUUGGCAGGCCGCCGUGGGUAAUGGCCGCUGCGGAACUAUGCCUUUUGGCUGGAUGCGGGAAAUGGAAAUGCCAAGCGGCAAGGGUCAGCACCCAUAAGGCCAACUGUUUCGCCUACACAAAGCGACAAAAUGAUUCAACACCGAUUUCUGAAAGGCAGCACAUCCUAAAUUGUCUUCGUAACGCGAUCCCCCCCCCCCCCCCCCCCCAGCACGCCAUCCGACGAAGAAAUCCCUCUCCGACAGAAAUUGAGCCGGUACGGGCGGGUGGAAAAAAUACGCCGCGCGUAAAAAAUCCCGCGUGUGUGAUUAGACCCCUGCGUCGCCAACCGGCCUAUUGGAACUUCGACCUUGCGACGUCACGUUUGGGCCCGUUUUGCGGUGAC